UUAAAAAAAAUUUUUCAAUUUUUUCAAAAUUUUUUUAAAAUAUUUCGAAAAAAUACAAAAAAAAAAAAUUUUUUUUUACAAUAAAACAAACGAAAAUAAUUGAUAAAAAUCAUGUUGCUGAUUAAAAUGAAGAAGAUGACGACGAUAAUGAAAAUUCAAUUAAUAAUCAACAUGCUGAUAAAUUAAAUCUGGCGGAUUUUUAAAUCCCUAAUAAUUUUACAAAAAAAAAAAUUAAGAAAAAAAAAAAUUUAAAAAUAAAAACAGAACGGAAUCAUUUGGGUCUCCUUUUCAAAAAAAACAAAAACUAAGAACGAAGCAAAAAUUUAAUCGUGGAGCAGGGAAGAAAUCUUUAUUUUUUUCAAUUGAAAGAUUUUAUUAAAAGAAAAAGUUGUCAAAAUGGUGGACACACAACAUUUUUGUCUGCGCUGGAAUAAUUAUCAAAGCAGUAUAACAUCUGCUUUUGAGAAUUUGCGCGAUGACGAAGAUUUUGUUGAUGUUACAUUAGCUUGUGAUGGACGUAGCAUAAAAGCACAUCGUGUUGUUCUAUCAGCAUGCAGUCCAUAUUUUAGGGAACUUUUAAAGAGUACACCUUGUAAACAUCCAGUUAUUGUACUACAGGAUGUCUCAUAUCCUGAUUUACAUGCUUUAGUCGAAUUUAUAUAUCAUGGUGAAGUAAAUGUACAUCAAAGUUCAUUAAGUUCAUUCCUUAAAACGGCUGAGGUACUUCGAGUUUCCGGUUUAACACAAAGGCAAGCAGAAGAAACACAAAAUUUAGAACCAAAUCUUACAAAUUCUGGUGGAAUUGGUAGUGGCAAUGGUAAUGGUAUUAGUGGUGGCGUUGGCAGUGUUGGAAAUGUUGAUAGUGGACGUUCAAGUGUUGGUGGAAAUGUAGGUGGUGUAAGUGGUGUUGGCAGUGGUCUUGUCAAUAGUAGUCAAAAUAAUCGUGAUGGUUGUAAUUCAAUUGGUGGUAUUGGUGGUAUUGAUAAUAAUAUUGGUAGAAGAAGUGAUAUUGGUAAUAGAGAAAUUGAUAAUAUAACACCAAGAACACCAAUUAAUCAUCGACAUCCAUUUUCUGAUAAAAUAUCACAUCCAGAUGAUUCACCAUUAUUCCCAAAUUGUGGUGUAUCACCACCAGCACAUCCAUUGGCAAAUAUGCAUCAUUCACCAUUAACAAAUGUUAAUCAAUUAUUAAGGAGAGCAGCUGUAGCAGCAUUACAUCGUGAUCGACAUAAUUCAUCACAAUCAGAAAAUGAAAUAAUGGGUAGCAGUGGACAAAAGAGACAUAGAUCAAGUAAUGAUAAUGGUAUUUCUAGCAGUAAUAAUAAUAGUCCAGAUCCAACAACAAGAGAUCAAAUAACAGCAGCUGAUUAUUCAACAAUAAAACAUAAUAAUAAUAAUACGCCACCAAUAAAGGAUGAUAAAAGUGAGAUAAAUGAUGGAAAUGGUCCAACCGGAAAUGGUAUAACAUCAAAUGAUAAAGAUAGUUUAAGUCAUUCACCACCACCAACCCGAUUAAAUAAUGAUGAUGUUAAAUCAGAACCAAUGGAAUUAGUAUGCUCAAAUAAUAAUCCAAUACAAGAUGAACAUAGUAACGAUUCGACAGGGGAACAUGACGCAAAUCGUUCAAGUAGUGGUGAUAUUGGUAAAGGAUCUUUAAGUUCAGCAAAUGAUGACGAAAUGGAAAACAGUAUUCACUCACAUCAUCAACCUCCUUUUUUAAAUGAAUCAAAAUUUUUUGCGACACCUGCAUCAUUUAAUUUUCCUAUGGCAACAUUAGAUCCAGCUACAUUAGCAGGUUUUAAUUCACAUUUACAAUCAGCGGCAGAAGCAGCUAUUUCACCCCAAGGUAGCAAUGCAAGUAACAGCUUAUUAGGUGGCGUUAUAGUACCUAGCAAUAAUAAUGAUGGCAAAGCAAAUAGUGCCGCUGCUGCAGCUGCUGCGGCUGCUGCUGCUGCUGCCGCUGCUAAUUAUGCUCAGCAACUGCAUCAUCAUUUACAAAGUCCACAUCGAUCACAUUUAUCACAUUCGCAUUCACAACAUCAUCCGUUAAUUGAUCAUCCUUUAUCACCAGUUGGUUCCCAUCAUUUAAGCUUACAACAGCAACAUCAACAACAACAGCAACAACAACAGCAACAACUUCAACAUCAUAAUAAUUCAUCUGGUGGUGCUAAUAAUAUGAUUUCUGGUAACAAUAGUAGUUCUAUUGAUACAUCACCAAUACAUCAUCAUCAUUUACACCAUCACCAUCCACAUCAAUUUCAUCGACAUCGUUCCAUAUCACCGACAAUUUUAUCUGGCAGUGGUGGUAAUGGUUGUAAUAAUAAUAAUCAUAAUAAUAAUGGUCGAGGUUCAGUUGGUAGCGCCGAUUUAAAUAUAUCCGAUGAUUUAAAUAUAAAUACACGUAGUAGUCGUUCAUUACUUGGUAAUGACAUAACAAAUAUUACCGUUAAUCCAAAUUUAAACAAUAAUGGACGACUUGUUUUACCAUUACCAUUAACAGCUUGUCACCGUUGUGAUGUUUGUGGUAAACUUUUAAGUACUAAAUUAACAUUAAAACGUCAUAAAGAACAACAACAUUUACAGCCAUUAAAUAAUGCUGUUUGCAAUUUAUGUCAUAAAGUUUUUCGUACAUUAAACAGUUUAAAUAAUCAUAAAAGUAUUUAUCAUCGUCGUCAAAAGAAUCAUCACCACUCUUAUUUACAUUCACAUAGUUUACAUCAUUCAUUGUCAUUAAAUAAUAACAAUAAUAAUAGCAGUAAUAAUAAUAAUAAUGGUAGUAAUCGUAAUAGUGUAAAUAAUAUGAUAGGCGGUAACGGAAAUGGUCCAGGUAAUGUCAUUAGUUCAUUAAUGGCCAAUCCAAAUGAUUUACAACAUUCACCAAUAAAGCCAUGUAUGGAUUUUUUAUAAAUUCGUUAUGGUGGAGGAGACGUCGUCAUAGAUUGUUACAACAAUUGAGGCGGCAACGUUAAAAAUGAUUUACUCCGAAACCAUAACGUAGAAAAUUUUAAAUAUCACAAUAAAAAUAAAACACUGUAUAAAGUAAAAAAAAAAAUGUAAGUAUACAUAAAAAUGUCUAGUAUUCAGAUAAAAUUUUAAGGA